AAAUUUUGGAAUUCCAACCCUCCCUGCCCACCACUACGAUCCAAUGGACAACUUCGUUGCCAUUCAGACCAGGCAGCUUUAACAGGAACAAUACCCAGGCAGCUUUAUUGUCUUUGCUGGAGGACCUUAACAUGUCCCAUCUGCUCUGCACAAAAACCCUAAACCCCGCCUCGCUCGACGCCUAAAAUCCGAACCCUUGAUCCAUCAGGCAUCCUCGACGGCCCCGACGUCAGCAUUGACCAACUGCGAAUCUGGUUCUUCCCCCAUGGCCACCCAUACACCCGUCAGAGCAGAGCGGCGGUCAUCGCCAUCCGCCAAGAGCUCUGCCCUGAAGAGCAUCCUGCGCACGAGUCUGACGACCUUGGGCCGUCGCGUGAGAGACGGCGAACAAGACCAAGACGCCGACCCGCAGAGUCCAACCAAGCGUCGCAAGACCGUCGUUUUCGACAUGAACUCCAACACCGUGCAGAGCAUUGCCCCGGCAACACCGGCCGAGUCAAAGGAGAAGGUCGAAGAGAUCAAGCAGUCAGUGGUCAAGGCUCUGAAGGAGAACAGCAUGGGCGAUCAAGAAGGCUAUGACACCCUGAAGGGCAUCUUCGAGAACGACCGACGCCGGAGGCAGACCCCCACUUCAAGCCAGGUCGACGACGAGGUCGACCCUGCCGAUCUUAUACACUACGUCAAGGCUCUCAAGGUGUGCGCACCUCAGCUCGGAAGAUCCUGCUCAGGCCUCGUGCACGAGGUCCUCAGCAUACCAUGGCUGGGCCGGCCUGACGACUUCGUGGACGCCUAUAUCGACUUCCUGGCCAACCUCGUUACCGGCCAAUCCAUCUAUCUCAGCAAUGUUCUCAGCAUGCUCGUGGAAAGAUUCCGGUAUUUCAGGGAGUUUGAGUGGAGGGCAGGCUUUUUCCCCGACGUCAGCUGCGAUGUCAUGAGGCGACGCCUCCAUCGAGCACUUGCCCACGUUCUGCAGCUGUUCCCCGCCGCGAGGCGUGUGCUUCUGUCUCUGGUCAACAAGGAAUUCCCUUUCUCCGACGAGUCCAAGAGCAUUCAUAUGGCCUUCGUACAGAACCUGCUGCGUCUGCGGGAAUAUGCACCGGACAUGGGCCCUGAGAUCAUGGAGCUGAUCACCGAUCGACUUGUCAAGAUUGAUGUCCAAAUCCAAGUCGACCUGGAUGAGGUCGAUGAUGACAUCGCUGCGGGUGUGAUCCAGCAGCUCCAAGCCUCCAGAGCGGAUGACCCCGACGAAGAUGAUAUGAGUGACGUCGAGAGUGUUGCAAGUGACGAGAGUGAUGAUCGCCAUGAGCUCAGCGGCAAGAUCCUCAAGGCGGCGCAGCAUAUCCAGAAGAUGGAUUUCAUCAUGAACAGCCUUUUCGAGCUCUACGAGCCUAUCUUCGCCGACCCCGACUCUGAUGCUGCAAGGGAUGUCUUCGAGAACAUGCUUACAGAAUUUGUGAACAUAAUCCUUCCCACAUACUCGAGUCGGCACACGCAGUUCCUCAUUUUCCACUUCAGCCAGCUUUCCGAGGACCUCACCGACCGGUUUGCUGGAGUCCUGCUCGACAUUGCGUUCGGCAAUCAGAACUCAAUGGUCACGAGGCAGAAUGCCGCCGCCUAUCUGGCCAGUUUCGCAGCUCGCGGGAAGAAGGUUCCUGCCGAGUCCGUGCGGACGAUAUGCACAGUGCUCAUCAAGCACAUCGACUCAUAUCGUUAUAGACACCAAGCGACUGCACGUCCAGACUUGAGGAGAUUCACCCCCUACUACGCUCUCUUCCAGGGCCUCCUCUACAUUUUCUGCUUUCGAUGGCGCGAUCUGGUGGUCGGCAAGCCCGACCUCGUCGAUCCUGAGGAUCCUGCUUCGUACAUGGGCCAAGAACUGGAGUGGAUGGAAGAGCUGCGCCCACUCCUCCGCGCGAACAUCUGGUCCGCGUUCAACCCGUUGCGGGUUUGUCAUCCUACCAUUGUGCAAGAGUUCGCCAAGCUUGCCGGUCACCUGAACUUCAUGUACGUCCACGACAAGAUCAACGCGAACCGACGGAUUUAUCUCUCUUCGUAUGUAUCCUCAAGCGUGGAGGCCUUGCGAGAGACAGCGAGCCACAACCCAUACGACGAAAGCUGGCUGCAGCUCACGCCAUACUUUCCCUUCGACCCUUAUCAGCUUCCCGAGAGCAGGCAUUGGGUCGACGGCGACUACAUACCUUACGAUCCUUUCCCGGGUCUUGAUGAUGAAGAGGAUGAGAGUGAUGAUGAAGAGCUUCCCGAGGGCAUGGAGACGUUUGAGGAGGACACAGAGACCGACGAGGGGAGCGGAAGACAAUAGGCGGUCAGAGGCGUUUUAGGACCUCGAGAUACAGGGGCAAGACGCGCAGGCAUAAAAGCAUUUGGUCAGGCGUUUAAGGGGUACAGAUACCAAGCAUCGGAUAUGGAACAGCGUUCGUUCGGAGACGUUAUGAGAAUUUGGCUGUGUUGGCUGCGGCAGAUGUGACCAGAGGAGCUACAUUUGACCCAUUUCUGAAAAGUCAUGUGUAACACAAAAUCUGCAAAAUCACAUUAAUUUUAGAAGAAAA